AUGGCGUCUCAGCAGCCGCCACCGGCCCUCGAGCCGAUGCGCGUCUACCUCGAUCGCUCGCGCGAGCUGCAGGCUGCCAAGCCGAUCGUCGCGCACUACCUGCGCGUCUUUGCGAUGAACAUCGCGCUGCAGCUACGCUCGCGCCUCCGUCCGGCGGACCUCGUGUACGUCUCCUCGCUGAUGGACUCGCUCGAGCAGGAGCGCACGCAGCUCGAGGCGCAGCGCGCGGCGAAGCACCCGCAGGAGACGAUCCGAGAGUUUGCCAUCGACCUGUCCAACCGCGCACGCUCCGCCGACAAGCCAGAGGUGUCAAUCCCGAACCCGAGCCAGCGCUGGACGAUCGUGGACGCGCCAAAGGUGGCACAGGCAUACCACGCCUCGGCCGUCGUGCUGGACUCGCUCCGCCAGUUUGCGCCGCUCGCUCCAGAUCUCGCGCAGCGGCAGCAGAGCGCGCACAAGCGGUCGCAGCAGUGA